AUGUACAUAUGCCACAUAAAUGCACAAAGCAUUCCAGCACAUUACACCGAUUUAGUCGACACGUUCACAAAACCUAACGUCCACGCCGUGCUUGUUUCAGAAUCGUGGUUAAAACCUGCACUCUCGUCUACAACAUAUUCUCUUCCUGGUUUUAUCCUAAUCAGGAACGAUCGCACGAAUAAGGGUGGUGGAGGCGUUGCAAUUUAUUUGCGUAGCCAUAUUCCUUAUAAAGUCAUUGCGUCCUCUGCAUCUGAAUAUCGGGGCACUGCAGAAUUUCUUUUUAUUGAGGUUGGCUUUAAGGGUUCUAGGGUAGCCAUUGUAGUUGUCUACUGCCCACCUCAGCUAAAUUAUUUCACUGAUUUUGAUGCUGUCUUAGAUCAACUAAGUACUUCUUUUAAUGAAAUUAUUAUAAUGGGGGAUUUUAACACUAAUCUCAUGAAUGAUUCGAUACAUACGCGUAAACUGAAAAAUAUCCUGAACUCGGCAGAUUUGUCUAUUCUGCCCUUAAAGCCAACUCACCACAAUAUUGAUACCGAGGACUCCUGGUUAGACAUAAUUUGUACAUCUUCGACCGACUAUGUUAUCGAUCACGAUCAGUUACCUGCACCUGCUUUCUCACGGCAUGACCUUCUACUCUUGUCUUAUAAAGUAAAACCACAGAAGCCAAAACCAAUCAUUGCCUCCGUACGUAACUUUAACCGAAUUGAUGUCAAUUCACUGCAUCGUGAUGCUGCACUUAUAGACUGGAACCCGGUACUGGAAACCACCAAUGUUGACAAUAAAAUUUUACUGUUCAAUACGCAGAUUAUUGACUUAUUUAAUAAACAUGCUCCAGUUCGCGUAAUCAAGUUGCGACGUCCACCUGCUCCGUGGAUUACAGAAGACGUUAGAAAAGCCAUGACGAAGCGAGAUCGGGCUUUUUGCGUAUACAGAAAAGAGAGAAGUGCAGGUAACUUUCACCUUUUCAAGCGAGCUAGAAAUCGUUGUAAUCAGAUGGUAAGAGCUGCUAAACGCCACAAAAAUAUUCACCAAAAUGUCUUUAAUACUCCUUUGGCUAAUAUAUGGAAAUUCCUGAACUCUCUUGGUUUUGGUAAAGUGUCAGCCUCCUUUCACACAAACAUCGUACUGGAUGAACUUAAUAAGCACUUUACCUCUGCAAAACCCCUUGACGCCUCUGUUAAAAUAUCCACUUUACAGGAAAUUAAAUCCAUGCCCUCUUAUACUACUAAUGCCUUUAUAUUUUCUCCAGUGACUGACGAGAAUGUUCGCAAAGCUAUCCUGUCUAUCAAAUCAAAUGCUACAGGCUACGACGGUUUGAGCAGAGCAAUGAUUACUCUUAAUAAAACUAAGACUAAGACUCUUAAUAAAAAUAAAACUAACUAA